AUGAGCCGUAGCCUGGGGAUCCCGGUGAAGCUGCUGCACGAGGCGGCGGGGCACGUGGUGACGGUGGAGCUCAAGACCGGCGAGGUGUACCGCGGCUCCAUGCUCGACUGCGAGGACAACUGGAACUGCCAGCUCCACAACCCCACAUUCACCGCCAAGGAUGGGAGGGUGACCCAGCUAGAGCACGUCUUCAUCAGAGGAGUCAGAGUUAGAUUCAUAAUUAUACCAGAUAUGCUGAGGAAGGCCAAGAUGUUCGAGCGCUUGGAACCAAGGACUAAGGGCAAAGGAUCAGCUUUUGGAGUUGGCCGUGGGCGGGCGGUUGCGAUGCGUGCUCGGGCUGCUGGUGGCCGAGGUGGUGGCCCUGUUGGAAGGGGAGGCGCGCCUCCUAUGAGGACGUAG